UUAGCAGUGGCCACUCACUCUCCAGAAAAAAAUGCAACCUUUGCACACAAAAAUCACUAGGAAUCAACAAACAGUAAACUUAAUAAAAGCUAAACAAGAUCCACCUCGAUCACCCACUCACCCAGCCCUUCUUCCUCCAUAUACUCACAGUCACACACAUUUUUUUUUAUUUUUUAACUUCUUCUCGUCUGUUCAAGUGAAUCAGUUAUUGUAUCUUUGUUGGUAGAGAGAGAGAGAGAGAGAGAAGAAAUUUUUCCUGGAAAAAUCCUGCAAAUUCAUUGCAAUUGACUGUUUUUGCUUCCCACUUGGAAUUUUUGUCUGUUUCUUGACAAAAUCUUGAAAAAAGAAAAUCAACCUUUAUAGUUUUUGAUUCCCAAUAAACUGCCAAUUCAAGAAAGUUUUAGUGUAUUCAAGAUGAGGGAGGAUGAUUCGAAUUGGUUUGCAAAAUGGGAAGAGGAAUUGCCAUCACCAGAAGAAUUGAUGCCUUUAUCACAAACCCUAAUAACCCCUGAUCUAGCACUGGCUUUUGAUAUUCGAAACUCACCUCCAAAUCACGACCAUCAGAGCACUCCGCCGCCGCUGCAGACUACCGCGCACUCUUCUCAACCUAACUCUUCCGCAGACUUCGACUCGGUCGAGUUGGGUGUAUCAGGAGGGUGUGGUGACGGGGGAGUAGCUGGGACCGGUGGCGGCGUGGGGUCGGACGAGCCGGCUCGGACGUUGAAGCGGCCACGGCUUGUUUGGACUCCUCAGCUGCAUAAGAGAUUUGUGGAUGCUGUGGCUCAUUUAGGGAUAAAGAAUGCUGUACCCAAGACUAUAAUGCAGCUGAUGAGUGUGGAUGGACUUACUAGAGAGAAUGUUGCUAGCCACUUGCAGAAAUACAGGCUUUAUCUGAAGAGGAUGCAGGGAAUUUCCAGUAAUGGGAGUGGUGGUGUUGGUGGGAAUAAUGUUAGUGUGGAUCCUACUGAUCAUUUGUUUGCAAGCUCGCCUGUGCCGGCACAUUUUUUGCAUCCAGGAAGGCCAAAUUCCGACCAUUUUUUGCCCUUUAUGCCGGUGGCUGCAAUGCAGCAGCAUCAUCAAAUGACAGCAGCGGUUGGGCCGGGGCCAGGACCUCACCACCAUCCACAGCUGCAGCAGCAGUUUAGGCAUUUUGGGACCUCACCGCCAAACGGGCAAUUUGAGCAUCCGUUUAUAAGGCAGUCACAGCAGCAAGUGCAGAGAGUGGGGCCGCCGGUUCAUAGUAGCAAUAGUUCGGUGGUGCCUCCACGGUAUGUCGAGGAUUUGGAGUCUCCCAGGGCUGAGAAUGGAAGGAAAGUCCUCACCCUGUUUCCAACUGGGGAUGAAUGAAUUUGGGUUGUUCUUGAUAGGUGGGGCUAUUGGCAUUAGGCUUCGUACAAUGAACUACCGCUUAAAUGCUUGUGGCAGUCUUGUAUAUCUCUAUCUGUGCAUGUUGAACUGAGUCUUCAAUUCUGGUUUCAAUCAGCCAAUUCCAUGUUUUUCCAUAACUGUAAACAAGUUGUACGUAGCAUUUGUGUCCAUGUCAGCUUCUGGUGUUGAAAAUGUGCAAUCAAGUUAUUGUUAAAUUCGUAGAUCAAUAUGGCUCCACCUGAAAAUUCACACUAUUCCUUCUUUUCUGCCGAACUGAUCAUAACCAGUACCUACAGUCAAGGAAAUUGCAUGCCGCAAGUAGAAACUAAUAAAGAGACCUGUGACUCUCAUAGAAAGACAUCUUACCUCCUGAGCAAAACGAGAAUUUUUUCUUGUGCCUUCUACUUGAAAACAACAUUCGAGUCUUCCCGAAUUGAGUCUUCAGUUUAUCAAAGAAGAUGGUGGUGCCUGAAGGAUGAAACAAGGAUUAGCCAUUCUCGAUUAUGCAGAUAUGGGUGAAUAAUUUGGCAAAACGAUGAUAUAGAAGUUUGAGAUGGUGAUGCAGAUACAUGGACUACAUAAUUGUACUGUUUGUUCCGGCACAUCUACUUGCUAAGUUCUCUGUUUCUUUAGUUUAGAAGUCAUGUAGAUGCCAUUCCUAUUUGUUCUAAAUGGAGUGGUUCUUAUAGCACCUAUGAUACAAUAACAAUCCUAAUAUUAUUGCAAUAUUACUUCAAUUAGAAGUCUCGUGACAAUUAUUAAUC